AUGUCCACGCCCCCGCUCUCGACCAAUCCGGAGGCGCCACGUCGCCGCCGCCGGCCCUCUCUCUCCCCGCCGCCGCAGCCCACCGGGGCCCCGAUCCGCCCGCCCAGGGCCAGAUCGGGCCCGAGCCCCGCCGCCCGCCGCCUCCAGCGCCGGCGUCCCGCCGGCGUCGUCCCCGCCGCCUGCCUCCGGCGCCCGAGGCGCCUCACCUCCGCCCGACGCCCGGCGCCGCCGCGUCCCCGCCGUUCCCCGUCGUCCGCGCCGCCCGUCCGCCACCCCGGCGACCGCGCCUCGCUUCCUCCCCACCGCCGUGCUCCGCAUCGUCGGCGAACCCGCGACCCGCCGCCUUCCUCCGCAGGCCGGCGCGCCUCCGCGCCGCAUCGCCGCCCGGAUCCAUCCAUCCCCGGCGCGGAUCCGGCCUCCCUCGCCCUUCUCCCUUCGCCGGAGCUCUGCACGCGCCGCCGAUAUAGCUAUGUGACGCUCACCUGUUUUUUUCCUGAUUUUGUCUAA